ACAAAAUCGAGUCACCAUCGAAAGCACAGUUGAGAUUGGUGGUGUUGAGUAAUGGCAUUCCAUUCAUUGGCUUUGGUUUCCUGGACAACGCCAUCAUGAUUGUUGCUGGUGAUUACAUUGACUUGACGAUUGGAAUCACGCUUGGCAUCUCCACGAUGGCAGCUGCUGCCCUUGGUAACCUCAUCUCUGAUCUGGCUGGUGUUGGGUUGGCUGGCUAUGUCGAGGCUCUUGCAGCUAGAGUGGGAGUCCAUCCCAAGGAACUGACCCCAGAGCAGGCUGAUAUGAGGCAAACAAGGUGGAUGGCUGGCAUUGGUCGGGCCCUGGGUCUGAUGAUUGGAUGCCUGGCGGGCAUGCUUCCCUUGCUCUUCUUGGAAACCAGGGAACAAGCCGAAGAGCAGGCAUCGGAGGGUGAUACAUCAGGGCCCGACGAACAACCAGAGUCCCAACAGGUUUUUCGAUAUGGCUUUGAGGCGAUUAACUAAUCCCAUGGCACGCAGAUUUGCUAUUAUCACAUCAUUCUCCAACUGAGACGCGAAAACCGGGCCUUCUGACACCGCCCCCAGCCUACUCCGAGCUGUACACAAGUUAUAGUGCUCGUAAGUACGUUGUGAUGCUUCUUUUAGUUCAUUUUAAAAAAUCCAAAUGAUGUGCUAUAUAGGCGGCAGAUGCCCAAAACCGGCUACCACGAAAUCGGAGAGUGCACACCGUAAUAAGACAGCCAGGAGUAGGCGUGGCUGCAAAUGAAAACCAAGAUGCUCUUCGUUGGGAGAAGCAAUCAUUGCAAUGUUACAUUGGUUUGUACACCGUGACAGUCCUACACUUUUGUAAAUUGUCCUGGCCUCAGUGUUCUCUUCUUUGUUGAUUUAUUGCUGUUUAUGUGCAUAUCAAUAAGAAAACA